AUGGCGGUCGUCCCCGAUGUUGAGUACCCGGCGACGGUGUUUGAUCCGGCGACCACGCUUCGUAAGGGGUUAUGCACCGUCUGCACCACGUCGUCGCGCGAUCCAGCUCGUCACAAGCUCUACUAUGGUAGGUGGACUGGUAUCUGGGUCUCCUGGCGGGUGCGUGGAUCGAUCUCAUUUGCUAAUAUCACUUGAUCCUCGAUUGACCCCACUUUCACGCGCUACCGCGGGUCUCAUAGAAAUCCAUGGCGACCCUUCCCCCGAAUCGAAACGUCUUGUCUUUAUCAUGGGUCUCAACAACUCUUCAUUUGCAUGGCAAGCUCAGGUCGAUUUCUUUGGUCGCGCCAAAGGCGUUCAGGCGAGUUCUGCCCUGGGCUUCCCCCCUCGGACUUUAUCGAGCUCUUCGUUUCUCCGAGUCCACACAGGUCCUCGUCUUUGAUAACCGCGGCGUCGGGUCUUCGGACGCCCCGCGAGGCCUGUACAAGACGUCGGAAAUGGCCCAGGACACGCUCGAGCUGCUCGAGUAUCUCGAAUGGACCGAGGAGAAAUCGCUCAAUGUUGUAGGUGUGUCGAUGGGCGGCAUGACGGCGUUGGAAUUGGUCAGUUGUAGGGUUGGAUUCGGAGUGCCUACGUCGAUGCUAACCGUACGUUUAAGACAUCGAUUCAGGCCACGCUCAUCCCCAAACGCAUCAACUCGCUCAUCCUGACCUCGACCAAGUCUGGCACGGCCUUUGACCUGCCCAAGCUGCCCGUUGUCAGCAUGUUUGCGCGGCUUUCGUUUGGUCUCUUCAAAGACGUGUCGCAAGCCGUUGAUCUGGUGUGUUCGGUCCUCUUUCCUGAAGAGUACCUUGACUCGAUCGACGAAAAGACAGGCAAGACGCGGCGCGAGAUCCACUCCAAGAAUUUCAUCCAGCGGAUCGCCAUAACGAAGCGGCAGACGGUCGCGGGGCGGAUUGGGCAGAUGAUGGCCGUCUUCAACCACCACGUGUCGGAGGAGCGACUAGACACGAUUGGUAAGACCAUCGACAAGGUUUACAUCAUCCACGGUGAUCGGGACAUGUUGGUCGAUUUUCAGAGGGGCAAGGAUCUGCACGCCACAAUCCCGGGCUCUCGUUUCAAGGAGGUCAAGGGCGGGGGACACGCCCUCCCAUCGCAAAUCGUCGACGAAUACAAUGCGUGGAUUGAAUCGAUCAUUUCAGAGCCGUGA